AUGGCAAGCAAAGUCGAGCUUCUAAGCUCUUACAAGCAAUUGGUCAGGGCGCUGGUAAAAUCUAACAGGCGGUCCAAGAUUGUCCAGCAGCUUGAAGACAACAAGAAGCAAAUAGCUCUUUUGACUUACAGAAAGAUCAGCCUCAUCAGGCAAUGCCAGGACCCUGAUCCUCAGGAAAAGCUCAAAGCAAUGAUGAAUUUGAACGGACUCAACAAGAAGAUCGAUAAUCUGAAGCAAGAUGAUCCGUCAAAAUCGAGGAAACUUUACUUUUACGACAAAUCGAAUGAGCUGAAGAAAUUGAUUAUGGAGGACAGGUCUGCUGAGACUUCUACGAUAAUAAAGAAGCUCGAGCACCUACGAGACAUUGCGGGAUUCCUUCAAAACCAGAUGGAAUUCGAACAACUCGUGGAAAGAUACAACCCUGGGCUGAAAAUGGACCAGGAAGAGAAAGUAAAAAGAACUGCUGCGAAGGUCGGUCUGCAAGUGCCCGAUAUUUAA